AUGCGGAAGGCACAUCAGAGGACGAACACUCGUGGCAAAUAUCUUGCAACUAUCUUCUCCAUCAGCUUCACCUGCCCGUUCCGCGACAUGAUGAUGAGUAUUGAGAAUGACAAGUUUUUAAGAAUUACCGAUAGUCACCAGCCAAUUCAAGUAAUGAACGAAGACUAA